UUUCGAUCGUUGAUUUUUUUUCCAGUUACAAUUUUUAGAUUUGAUUGUUCGAAUAUUUUCAAAUAAGGCAUCGAAAAAUUUGGUUAGAUUUCUACCCGUUUGGCAACAGAGGAAACGGAACAAAAAAAUCUAGUGAUAAUGGCGUCGCAGUCUAAAGCCAACGAAGAGUUUCGCUCCUCACAUUGGCCUGUCCGUUAGUCUGUACAGUGGUUACUGCACACGUGCCAUGCAAACACUAGUGAGCCAUUGAUUAUUAAGAAUCGUUUUGUCGAUUCAUUUGUGUUAAUUAACUCGAGUUAGUGGAAAGAAACGCUUUUUCGUCUCCACUUUUGUCUGGUACUCAAGUCUCGUUGAGCAGCAGCUGCCCCAAAAUGGCCGCCCUAUAGAGGCACAGGCCAGGCGUGUACCUCAGUAGCUUUCGAGUUGAGUCUGAACUACUGUUUGUUUCUGAGGCCUUUAACACAUUUUGCUAAACAUUUUUGUUUCCCUCGUCUUGCUCUGCUUAUUCAUCGUGUUGUUGGUGAAGAAUUUCAACGGUGAAGUCAUUUAACUGCCGAUUUGGAAAAUGCCAAAGCUCUCGGAUGAUUCAAACGAAGAUUCGCCGUCGGAAAACUCUGGAUCAGACUCAUCAGCAUCCUCCAAUAGCAGUGGAUCGGAUUCUGGCUCGUCAUCUGGUUCGGCUAGCGAAUCUGAAGCCGAUUCUUCGCCAGCGAAGAAUAAGAAACACGUUUCACCACCAUCCAGUAAAAGUCAGCCUCGACGAGCAGCUUCUGCAGCCAGCAAUGCAAAAGGCUAUCAGUUGAGCGACAGUAAUUCAUCGGACGAGGAAGAUGAUGCCGUCGCUUCUCCUCCAUCUCGUCGGCCUCCGCAAGCUGGUCAACGUGUUGCCCACAAACCUAACGCUAUUGUGGCAGCUAGUCGCCGACAAAUAGCUAUUGUAUCACGGGCUCCAGCUCGUAAACCCCAGCGUUCAAAAUACGCUCAGUCAUCAGGGGAUGAAUCCAGCAACAGUGAUGAUGAUGAUUCACGAAGACCGUCAACUCGACGCCAGGGAGCUUCAGUCAGUUAUAAAGAAAAUUCGGCAGAGGAGACUGGCUCGGAAGAUUUGGUAGAAGUGGAAUGGGGCCAGGAAGCUGUCGCAGCUGCCGUCGAGUCUGAAAACGCUGAAACUAUCGAACGGAUCAUCGACACUCGGAUGGGCCGUAAAGGAGCUACCGGGCCGUCAACGACCAUAUACACGAUAGAAGAAAAUGGAGAUCCCAAUGCCAAUUUCUGUCCUAAACGUGAGCCAGACAAAGUUGAACAGCAAUUUCUCAUCAAAUGGCUUGGGUGGUCUCAUAUACACAAUACGUGGGAGUCGGAGCAAACACUGCGUGAUCAAAAGUCGUACGCAUUUCAGGUCAAAGGGUUGAAAAAAUUGGAAAAUUACUUGAAACGUGACGAUGAGAUUCGCGUGUGGAAAGCUCGUGCCUCACCAGAAGAUGUCGAAUACUACGAAUGCCAACAGGAGCUGCAGCAGGAGUUGCUCUUGAGCUACAUGGCUGUCGAAAGAAUUAUUGCUGAAAAUCGCAAAGCUGAAAGCGAGCACCCUGAUUAUUUGAUCAAAUGGGAGAGCUUACCAUAUUCAGAUGCGACUUGGGAAGACGGCGCACUUAUCGUGAAAAAAUAUCAGAUCAAAAUUCGAGAGUUUCGCGAACGAGAGGACUCUAAACGGACACCCAGCAAAUUGUGUCGCGCCCUCAAAUUCCGCCCAAAGUUCACUCCUCUUAAAGAACAGCCCGAUUUCAUCGGUGGUGAUCCUACUUGCACGCUGAGAGACUAUCAGCUGAACGGGCUUAACUGGAUGGUACACGCCUGGUGUAAGGAGAACUCUGUGAUUUUGGCUGACGAAAUGGGUCUCGGCAAAACUAUCCAGACUAUCAGCUUCUUAAACUACCUCUUCCACGCCCAACAACUCUAUGGGCCUUUUCUGGUCGUUGUGCCUUUGUCUACCAUGGCUGCAUGGCAAAAAGAGUUUGCCCAGUGGGCUCCUAACAUUAAUGUUGUCACCUACAUCGGAGACAUGACUUCAAGAGAUCUGCUGAGGCAAUACGAAUGGUGUCACCCUGGAAACAAGCGACUCAAGUUCAACGCUCUCUUGACUACCUACGAAAUCCUUCUCAAAGACAAAUCGUUUUUGGGUGCUGUCAGCUGGGCGUGCCUUAUGGUGGACGAAGCUCAUCGAUUAAAAAACGAAGACUCUCUUCUUUACAAAUCGCUCAAGGAGUUUGAUACCAAUCAUCGCCUCCUCAUCACCGGCACGCCACUUCAGAACAGUCUGAAAGAGCUGUGGGCCCUGCUUCAUUUCAUCAUGCCUGAAAAAUUUAACACUUGGGAUGUUUUUGAAGAAGAACACGGAAAUGCUGAACAGAAAGGUUAUUCACGAUUGCACAAACAGCUGGAGCCGUAUAUUCUACGUCGUGUCAAAAAAGACGUUGAGAAAUCCCUUCCUGCCAAAGUCGAACAAAUCCUUCGUGUAGACAUGUCUUCGCUUCAGAAGCAAUACUACAAAUGGAUCUUGACGAAGAACUAUACAGCGUUACGGAAAGGAAACAAGGGUUCAGCCAGCACUUUCGUCAAUAUCGUCAUGGAAUUGAAAAAGUGUUGCAAUCACGCCUUUCUAACCAAGCCUCAAGAGAACGAACGGCGCUAUGGAGCCAGUGCUACUGAACAGUUGCAGCAAUUGAUUCGUGGCUCGGGAAAGCUGGUGCUACUAGACAAGCUAUUGGUCCGCCUGAGAGAGACUGGUCAUCGAGUACUGAUUUUUUCGCAAAUGGUGCGCAUGUUGGAUUUGAUCGCCGAAUACCUUCAGCUGCGCCAUUUUCCCUUCCAGCGACUCGACGGUGGCAUAAAAGGCGAAUUGAGGCGCAAGGCAAUGGAGCAUUUUAACGCUGAAGGAUCACAGGACUUUUGUUUCUUGCUGUCUACCCGUGCCGGUGGUCUUGGCAUUAACUUGGCCACAGCCGACACCGUCAUCAUUUUCGAUUCAGAUUGGAAUCCACAAAACGAUUUGCAGGCACAAGCACGAGCCCAUCGUAUUGGUCAAAAGAACCAAGUCAAUAUCUAUCGUCUAGUGACUAAAGCUUCAGUCGAGGAAGACAUUGUUGAACGAGCCAAACGGAAAAUGGUUCUUGAUCAUUUGGUGAUCCAGCGGAUGGACACAACUGGUCGGACAGUGCUUGACCGCAAAGCGAACAACCCCUCUAACGCCACGCCUUUCAACAAGGAGGAACUUAAUGCUAUACUCAAAUUUGGUGCCGAAGAGUUGUUCAAGGAUGACGAAGAUGGCGAAGACGAGCCGGCCUGUGAUAUAGACGAAAUCCUUCGACGUGCUGAAACGCGUGACGAACCAGCCCCGCAGAUGGGUGAUGAACUUCUUUCGGCUUUCAAAGUAGCCAGUUUUACCAUCGAUGAAGAGGAGCCCGUCUCCAUGAACCCUUCGAGAAGUAAGCCAACUGACAACGAUGAGGAGAACCGCGCUUGGGACGAAAUCAUUCCGGAAAAUGUGAGGAAGAAAAUUGACCAAGAGCAACGUGAAAAAGAAAUGGCUGACCUGUACCUUCCACCUCGUCGAGGACGUGGACAGCAGCAACCAGCGGACGGAAAAGGCGUUGCUGAGGAAGGUAGAUCUCGCAGACACCAACAGGAAGAAGAGUCAGAAGCUAGUGAGGAUGGAUCAGAUGAUGAUAGACCUCGAAAGAGAGGUCGACCCCGAGUCAACGCUCGUGAAAGUGUUAAAGGCUUCAGUGACGUCGAAAUUCGACGAUUUCUAAAGAGUUUCCGAAAAUUUGCAUCACCACUGGACAGACUUGAUGCCGUCGCAGGCGAUGCUGAAUUGCAAGAGAAGCCGCUAAGUGACCUCAGAAAGCUAGGUGAGCUCAUCCUUGCCCGAUGCCAGGAGGCACUUGAGUCACAAAAAACGGGCAAAGACAUGCCAGCAGAAGUAGUUGAUGAUGGCAUGACGGCUGGUGGACGGAAAAAGCGUGAACGAGGUCCCUCAUUGAAGAUUUCAAAUGUAUCUAUCAACGCCAAAACCUUGAUGACUUCCUUACACGAGCUCGAACCGCUUUCUAAACUCUUGCCAGCUAACGUAGAAGAAAGAAAACGCUGGUACUUACCAACCAAACUCCGUGAUCCACAUUGGGAUAUCGAUUGGACCAAUGACGACGAUUCCCGGCUGCUUUGCGCUAUCUAUGAGUACGGCAUGGGCUCUUGGGAAGCUAUGAAAAUGGAUCCCAAUUCCGGAUUGUCUGAUAAAAUUCUCCCCGACGGACAGGAUGCUAAACCGCAAGCCAAACACUUGCAAAACCGAGCCGAUUAUCUACUCAAAGUAAUGUCAAAACUCUAUGAAGCCCAGCAGUUGGGCAAACCAGUCAAACCCAAAAGACAACGUAAACCCAAAGCCGUUUCCAAGUCAUUGGUCGGCGAAACGGAAGAUAUCAGUUCAGGAGAAGAUUUUACUCUUAACAGCCCAUCGCCGAGUAACUCGACUCGUCGUGCUUCCUCGUCAAAAACACCCAAACCAGGGAAGGUCAAAACCGAGGACGAAGAUUCGCAUAUGGAGAGUCGUACUGAAGACGAGCGUUUGUUACCCCCUUGCCGUCUUAUUUCCGACGUGAAAGAAGGUCGCAAGAAAGAUUCAAUUUCGAAAAAAGACAAAAAGGUCAAGAAAAAGGAUGCCGGACCCAUGCACUUUACUGCCAAUAGUGUUCCUCGGGCUGUUGAAAUUAUUGGUGAAUUAGAUCCAUCCAUAUUCAACGAGUGCAAAGAAAAGAUGAGACCCGUGAAAAAGUCUUUGAAGGCGCUGGACAACCCUCCCCAGAGUAUGUCUGAAACGGAACAGAUUCAGCAUACUCAGCAGUGCCUUUUACACAUUGGCGAACACAUUGACAAGUGCCUGGCCGCCAUACCUGACCCCGAACGUAACAGAGUUUGGCGCAACAACCUUUGGUACUUUGUAUCCAAAUUCACUGAAUUCGACGCCAAAAAAUUGUUUAAGCUGUAUCGUAAUGCCAUCAAGAAGCAGGGUAAAGGAAACGAAGAUGGCGAGAAAAGUUCUGCCAAGAUUAAAGACAAAGAAGGGCGGAGUAAGGACAAAAACAAGGAAAAGACGCCUAAAGUCAAAGAAGAGAAUCGUUCCUCGAGUUACAACAUUCCAACUAAACGUCGUCAUGAGCCGGAAGAGGCUCAGCAGCAACAUUUACCAAACAAAAGACCAUAUAAUGGUGCGACUAUAGUCGAUAGCUGGGUUGACAAAGCCAAUGACUACGAACGUGAUCGAGGUAGAGGGCCAACUCCUUCUCCAACGGAGAGGAGAGAACAAUUCCCAUCCGAAUGUGAGCGUGAUCGAGACCGUCGAGAUCGUGAUAGAGAAAGAGGGCGAGAUCGAGAGAGGGAUCGACUUCCUGCUGGUGGUGCUUACAGUCGUCCACCGCCACCACCUCUGGGAGCCACAAAUUACAAUCCACAUGUCGACAGAGAUCGGGAUAGGGAUCGGGAGCGUUGGAUGGGAGUUCCUCGUGACGAAAGAUACGCCAGUGAAAGGCGAGACGGAUAUGGUCGUCAGCAUGCCGCUGGAGUAGGAGCUUCCGGAUUUGCUCGUUCGGAUCGAGAUCCGCGGGAUCACAGAGAACGUGAUUACCGACCGCCAGCUAUAGAUAAAAGGGGUUACGGACACGGACCUGCUGGUGGUUCUCAUAGCGGUUCUCAUUACGGUGACUUUGAGCCUCCGCCCAAUCAUGCUCGUGGGAUGCAAGGUAGUGGCUAUGCGGAUUGGCGUGGGAAUAAAGAUCGAGAAUACCGCCGCGAGUUCGCAGAUCGUCGCCCCCCUCUCCCACCUCCAAACGGAUCUUGAACAUCUUUUGCGCAAGUGUACUUGUUGUCCCUCUCUUUCUCAUCCGUUCCUCUUUUAGCAGUUAAUGAGCUAAUCUCAUCGACUCUCAUGGGGAUUCGAAAUUGCCUUUUGGUUUCAGGAUGCGCGAUAUAAAGUCACGAAUAAUAGAAAUCCUAUUUGUAUUGGACCGUAUCACGCACUAUAAAUGUUUUGGGAUGUGCUUUCAAUUGGCUGCCAACACCACGUUUACUAUCUUCAAAAAUUAUGUUUUUUUUUGUCACUUUUGGAAAUUUUUUUUAAACGUCGGACAUAUUAUGUGUGUGUCAUGUACCGUGUUUCCUUUUUGUACCUUGUAGGAAAAGGAAAAGAUAACAGAGUUGUGCUCGUUUGAAGUUACGGUCGCGCCCCACUUAUACAUUGUAAAGAAAAAUAAAUGUUUUAUGGACAUGCCUGUACAUAAAGAAGAACGAAUACAUUUUGUGUUGUUAAAAA